AUGGGUUACCGUCAUCCGGGCACCGCCAUCCGGGCACCGCCAUCCGGGCACCGCCAUCCGGGCACCGCCAUCCGGUCACCGCCAUCCGGUCACCGCCAUCCGGGCACCGCCAUCUGGGCACCGCCAUCCGGGCACCGCCAUCCGGGCACCGCCACCCGGGCACCACCAUCCGGGCACCGCCAUCCGGGCACCGCCAUCCCGGCACCGCCAUCCCGGCACCGCCAUCCGGGCACUGCCAUCCGGGCACCGCUAUCCGGGCACCGCCAUCCGGGCACCGCCAUCCGGGCACCGCCAUCCGGGCACCGCCAUCUGGCCACUGCUACCAGGCCACUGCCAGCAGGCCACCGUCAUCCGGCCACCGCCAUCUGGCCACCGCCAUCUGGCCACCGCCAUCUGGCCACCGCCAUCUGGCCACCGCCAUCUGGCCACCGCAAUCUGGCCACCGCUAUGUGGCCACCGCCAUCUGGCCACCGCCAUCUGGCCACCGCCAUCUGGCCACCGCCAUCUGGCCACCACCAUCUGGCCACCGCCAUCUGGCCACCGCCAUCUGGCCACCGCCAUCUGGCCACCGCCAUCUGGCCACCGCCAUCUGGCCACCGCCAUCUGGCCACCGCCAUCUGGCCACCGCCAUCUGGCCACCGCCAUCUGGCCACCGCCAUCUGGCCACCGCCAUCUGGCCACCGCCAUCUGGCCACCGCCAUCUGGCCACCGCCAUCUGGCCACCGCCAUCUGGCCACCGCCAUCUGGCCACCGCCAUCUGGCCACCGCCAUCUGGCCACCGCCAUCUGGCCACCGCCAUCUGGCCACCGCCAUCUGGCCACCGCCAUCUGGCCACCGCCAUCUGGCCACCGCCAUCUGGCCACCGCCAUCUGGCCACCGCCAUCUGGCCACCGCCAUCUGGCCACCGCCAUCUGGCCACCGCCAUCUGGCCACCGCCAUCUGGCCACCGCCAUCUGGCCACCGCCAUCAGGCCACCGCCAUCUGGCCACCGCCAUCUGGCCACCGCCAUCUGGCCACCGCCAUCUGGCCACCGCCAUCUGGCCACCGCCAUCUGGCCACCGCCAUCUGGCCACCAUCUGGCCACCGCCAUCUGGCCACCGCCAUUUGGCCACCGCCAUCUGGCCACCGCCAUCUGGCCACCGCCAUCUGGCCACCGCCAUCUGGCCACCGCCAUCUGGCCACCGCCAUCUGGCCACCGCCAUCUGGCCACCGCCAUCUGGCCACCGCCAUCUGGCCACCGCCAUCUGUCCACCGCCAUCUGGCCACCGCAAUCUGGCCACCGCCAUCUGGCCACCGCCAUCUGGCCACCGCCAUCUGGCCACCGCCAUCUGGCCACCGCCAUCUGGCCACCGCCAUCUGGCCACCGCCAUUUGGCCACCGCCAUCUGGCCACCGCCAUCUGGGCACCGCCAUCCGGGCACUGCCAUCUGGCCACUGCUACCAGGCCACCGCCAUCUGGCCACCGCCAUCUGGCCACCGCCAUCCGGUCACCGCCAUCCGGGCACCGCCAUCCGGGCACCGCCAUCCGGGCACCGCCAUCCGGGCACCGCCAUCCGGGCACCGCCAUCCGGGCACCGCCAUCCGGGCACCGCCAUCCGGGCACCGCCAUCUGGCCACUGCUACCAGGCCACUGCCAGCAGGCCACCGCCAUCUGGCCACCGCAAUCUGGCCACCGCCAUCUGGCCACCGCCAUCUGGCCACCGCCAUCUGGCCACCGCCAUCUGGCCACCGCCAUCUGGCCACCGCCAUCUGGCCACCGCCAUCUGGCCACCGCCAUCUGGCCACCGCCAUCUGGCCACCGCCAUCUGGCCACCGCCAUCUGGCCACCGCCAUCUGGCCACCGCCAUCUAGCCACCGCCAUCUGGCCACCGCCAUCUGGCCACCGCCAUCUGGCCACCGCCAUCUGGCCACCGCCAUUUGGCCACCGCCAUCUGGCCACCGCCAUCUGGGCACCGCCAUCCGGGCACUGCCAUCUGGCCACUGCUACCAGGCCACUGCCAGCAGGCCACCGCCAUCUGGCCACUGCCAUCCGGCCACCGCCAUAGGGGUGCUUCCCUAA